AUGAUAAGUGUAUCAUUUAGUCUGCCAGAAGAAACCAGGAUAGGUGCAAAAGUUGGCAACAUUUUCCUAAAUAUGAACAGAAAUCCACAACAACCUCUUUUUGCAAGUUCUGGACAACUGUUGGAACUGAAACCUAAUCGGUACUUGAUGUUGAACGGAUCAACUGGGGAUUUGUUCGUUCGAUCGCGAAUCGACCGUGAGUCCCUGUGUACGGAAAUUGGCAGUUGUUGUUCGGCCCCCUCACUCAUGAAUGAGGAAAGUCAUUCCACAUCCGUAUCAUUACAUACGCAUUUACAAACCGACCAUCAAAUUAUUUACACGAAUUGUGUCAUUCGUAUGCUGGUUCUUCAAAGCCCAGUAAGUUCUGAUAUUAUGGAAGUGCUUGUCUAUAUAUUAGAUAUAAACGAUAAUGCUCCAAGUUGGCCGUACAUGGUACUCGAGUUGGACGUGCCGGAACAUGUGGCUCCAGGAACAGUAUACAAAAUUCCCGAGGCACGAGACGCGGAUCAAGGUCCAGCAAACACAGUGGUCGCCUAUAGGCUUUUCAGUGCAGAAUAUAAUCGGGAGUCAUCCAAACUAAAAUGCCCAAGUUGCUCACAAAUGGGAACAAACGAUAACACCUAUGUGCGAACUGCUUUCGCCUUGGACAGUCAGCUUGUUCACAGUUCAUCAACAAGUGAGCUCAAAUUUGAUUUGCAACUUCGCGUAGAAGAAGAACUGGAUCGUGAAAGACAGUCAACAUACUACUACAUCUUGUUCGCCGUGGAUGGUAAGGAAAAUUAUCCCAUACAGAGCAACUGGAUUUCGAAUCAAGGGUCCUACGAUCGAAAUUCUGUUAGUCAAGCUCAGUACACCGGAACCCUGACAAUAAAGAUAAAUAUCCUAGAUGUGAAUGAUCAUGCCCCAACUUUUGUUGACCCCAAACCAGUGAUUAUGCUCGCAGAAAAUACGAAACCCGGAACUGUGAUUUACCAAAUGUCUGCAACAGAUGUGGACACGUCGGAUCAAAACAAUCUGCUCUAUCGAAUCAGCUCACUGGCCAAACCGGAAGUUCAUCGGUGUUUUCAAAUCAACUCCGUGACCGGUGAGAUCAGUCUAAAACAAAGGUUGAACCGCCAUAACGCAAGUCUACUUUCGGUGAACCCAUUUAAAGCCAAGGAACAUCAAAUGCCGGAUUCGCUACAAAGAGGUGAAUCGUCUCUUGGCUACGUGAUCCCAGUGCUAGUUACGGAUAAAAUUCACCAAGCCGAGGCAACAUUGCAAAUUCAGUUGUUGCAAGUAAACAUGCAUGCACCGGUAAUAAGCAUCACGUCACAUUUGAAAAUGUCUCCAAACGGUGCUCAUUUGUGGGUGUCGGAAGGCACACCCGUUGAAUCCAUCAUAGCCAUGAUCAAUAUAAACGAUCCAGACAAACCGUUUCAAUCGGGUUCCAGGUACGGCGCGGCAUAUUCAAGUAAGCCCGAGUGUUUCACAAAUCAGGAUGAAUUUUCCAUCCAAAAUUUAAUUCCGCAGACGCUGACGGAAUUUAAGCUACUGCUCAUGCAACCCCUUGAUAGGGAAAAGAAAGAUAAAUAUGCUCUAAGGAUUGAGUGCUGGGAUGGUGGCAGUCCUCCACUGUCUUCAGAGACAACGUUGGACAUCAGUGUGGACGACGUGGAUGACUCUUCACCGGUUUUCGACCGUUCUUUAUAUACGGGUAUGGUGAAAGAGACUGUUGCACCCAAUACACCAAUCAUACAGGUCCGUGCAACGGAUGCAGACAUCGGGGCAAAUGCUGAGAUCUUCUAUCGAAUUGUGGGUCAGACGUUUACAUCAGUGCCCUCUCCUUCUAGCAUGCUGAGUUGGAAUGAAGAAAAACAUUUUCUGUCAAUCAACUCAAAAACUGGCGAGAUUUACAGUGAGAUGGCUUUUGAUCGAGAAAUCAUUAGCAGCAUUAAUUGUACAGUAGAGGCAGUCGGUGCCAAAUAUUUGGAGAUGCUUUCCGGAAAACUGCUCCAGGGCCAGUCUAUGGGGGAACCGUUGUCCUUCAGAGCACUGACACAAGUGGUAAUCACGAUUGAGGAUGUGAACGACGUCAGACCGCAUUUCAAUACUUCGGCCUAUGAGUUUUCGAUAGCAGAAGGUCAACUACCACACACGAAGAUCGGACAAGUCUUCGCCGUAGACCUCGAUGCCGAACCACCAAACAACCUCAUUCACUAUUCCAUGCGAUCAGUACCUGGGCCGAUCGGACAAGUGGCCAAAAAGUACAUCACUGUCAGUCAAAACGGAGUGAUAUACACACACACUACAAAACUAGACAGGGAACAAACACCCGUGCUCACGUUUCAGGUGGUCGCUACUGAUUCAGGAAAUCCACCGUUGUCAGCAUCUGUCAGUGUAUUACUGCGCGUUUUGGAUGUGAACGACAACAGUCCAUUGUGGUUGUUCCCGAUACCUUUUGAUACUUCAUCCGUCAUAAAUGUGUCCCAACAUGCUACUAUUGGAUACCAACUUGCACAGCUCAGGGCAACGGAUCCGGAUGAAGGACCAAAUGGGGAAGUCAAUUAUGCUAUUCUGCAUGGCAAUGAGGACGAAUUUUUCGAAGUGGAUUCAGUAGGUGGGGCUUUAUAUCUCAUAAAAUCUCUCUAUCGAUUCCCUUACAAUGAGACAGAAAAACGAAAACCGCCACGGGUCAGGAACCAUUCGGAAUCCACGUUGUCUCUGAGACAACAGAAAUGGGUUCCUCCCCAUGCAGAAAGCGUCUACAUUCAUAAAUUGGUUGUCAAGGUUAGCGAUCGAGGCAGUCCAUCGUUGUCUAACACCACAGUCUUGUACAUUGCCAUUUACCCUGCCCGACUCUCUGAAUCGAUGGAUGAUGAUAUUGGACAACACAGUGGCCAAGUUCAGCAGCGCAAUAUUCAUUUUGCUCCUCAUCGUUUUGAUCAUGACCUGGUCGUCAUGAUUGUACUUAUCGCACUGACUUCGCUUAUAUCUCUUGUUCUCAUCCUGGCUAUUUGUCUGGUUCGAUGCAAACACGUGCAAACGGUUCAACGUUCCCUGCAAAUCCACACCGGCCUGCAGACAAUCAGUGGAACAGACCGCACAAAACAAGGCAUCUUCAGAAGCUGGUGGUCAGCACCCAUGCGGGUUAUUUUUGGCAGACAACACUCGCUAGAAAGGGACCACGGGGAGGUGUGUUCCAAACCCGACGGUUCGGAGGUUCAUGGGCUACAGCACAUCAGUUCGUCUCCGUCCAAACUUGCAAUAUCUGCAACCUACACUACUGGUUCUCCGAAUAACACUUCAGGAAGUUCGGAGAAGGAUGCCUAUUUCACCAUUCAUCCCUAUACAUGGAAUUCAAACAGGAUUGGCUGCAACCUGGACAGGUAUCCAACCCUAGCGCCAACAGUAGACCCUGCUGGUAAUACUUUCAUGGUCGAAGUCAGUCCUGACCUGAUUGAAUCCACCUAUUCGGUACUCCGUGCAAAACCCUUCAGUGGCCAUGAACCAGUAAAAGCCGAGUAUCAGUCGCUGUGUCUUCAUCAGAUUUGUCAACUUCACAAUCCCGCGGAAGAUCCAGCUGACCCAUGUGAACUGUAUCCACAUCCCAAAGAGAAGACAUCAUCGGGUUGUGUAUUUGGCACCAGUGACAUGUACAACAGGAUGAACGAAAUUGUUGAGGCCCAGUCCUUGUUGAUGAAUAGAACAAGUACUCAUUGUGAAACCUGCAGACGCCCCGUGCUCAAAACAUUCUCGUCCAGUGAGCAGCGUUGCUCGAAAGAUCGAGAUGGUAAUGAACACAACCAAUUUACUUGCGAUCAGACGGGUUCCUGA